UGCGCGUUUCUCUCGUUUCUCAAUAUCCUCUUGAUGUUAUGAAAUUCGCUGUGAAUAGAUAAACGGACCGCCCCGCAGUGAACGUUAGCAAAACAAAACAAAAGCUUGAGCGAGCUUUAGACAGCUGUACUUAUAAUAUGAUUUUGCAAAAACCCCUGCGAUUAGUGCACACAAUCAGUGCGACUUGCAUAGAUGUCCGCCUAGUUUCCAGUCUUUGUUGGAAAAAUAAUAUUAAGGUGCGCAAGCUGGCCUCUGUUCGACCAAUGACGAAACUCCAGAAACCAGAAUGCGAAAGCAAUGGCCGACCAAAAGCAGGCGACGCCCAAAGGGAGAAGUCCUUAAGGGAUCUAGUCUUUUAUCCUCAAGGAAAGAAUUGCGAGCAAGAAAAUGACCAAGAUAAUGCCGCUUACAUGGCUGCAAUUGAGGUGCUGACAACACUGCAGCCAAACAAGGACAGCAUAAGAAAUUCCAUAGAUUUCAAAACUAAUUCCAUUGGUCUAACAAAAAAAUAUUUGUUUCGUAGUGGCUUAACUCUAGAAGAUGUGGAAAAGCUCUCCAUUAUACAUGUUUCUGGCACCAAAGGCAAGGGCUCCACUUGUGCUCUGGUCGAAUCGAUAUUGCGUCAAUAUGGUGCACGCACUGGAUUCUUCAGUUCUCCCCACUUGCAAAGCACAAACGAACGCAUCCGAAUCAAUGGAGAUCCGCUGGUGAAGCCGAAGUUCACCCAUUUUUUUUGGCAGGUGUACAAUCGAUUGAAGAAUUCGAGCGAGAAUCACGACGAUAUGCCACCGUUUUUCAUGUUCCUGACCAUUAUGGGAUUCCAUGUGUUCAUCGCUGAGCGUGUGGAUGUCGUUGUGGUCGAGGUGGGUCUCGGGGGCGAAAAGGAUUGCACGAACAUUGUGCGUAAUGUGAAAACCAUUGGGAUCACAUCGCUGGCAUUGGAGCACACAGAGCUGUUGGGCACCACGCUGCCGGAGGUUGCUUGGCAGAAGGCGGGCAUCAUUAAGCCGUACGCCCAUGUCUAUACCCAUGUCACUCAAGCGGAAUGCCUCAAGAUCAUCUAUGAUCGGGCAGCCAAACAACAGGCAAAGGUCACCGAGGUGCUCAGCACAGAAGCCUAUUUCAAAUAUAAUCACUACUCUGACUUUUUGGACAGUUGCAAUGAUUACAUUCGUCUGAAUGGCGCCUUAGCCAUUCAGUUGGCAUACGAUUGGCUGCGCCAGACCAAAGGUCAUCUUCAUCGCGACUAUGCCGUCAACGAGGCACAGAUGAGUGCCGAAGUUCUGCGAGGAUUAACCCAAACCCAUUGGCCUGGUCGCUGUCAGCUGGUGAGUUUCAAGAACCUGAGGCUCCAUCUCGAUGGUGCGCACACUGUGGAGAGCAUUCGCGUUUGCGGCGACUGGUUCCGCAAGUGCACCCGACAAAGUCAAAAUCCAAAAAUUUUGGUAUUCAAUCGCACUGGCAAUUCGGAUACGACAGCCAUGUUGCUGGUGCUGCAGCAGUUGUGUGACUUUGAUAUGAUCUGCUUUGUCCCAAAUUUGGCCAACAGGAAUCCCAUGGAUCCCAACCAAACGGCGCUCAACUGCAGUACCGAGGAGCAGCUGGAGCGCACCCAAUUAAUUGCCCGCAAGUGGCUGGAAAUGUGCGAGGCAACAAAUCAACCAAAUCGUGGCCGAAUGUAUAGCACUGUAUUGGAUGCUUUCAUUGAUGUGCGCACCCGUUAUCCCACCCACAUUGAGCUGGAUGUGCUGAUAACGGGCUCAAUACAUUUGCUUGGCGCUGUCAUAACCGCACUCGAUGAUUUCAACAUCGAGGUGCAACCAACAGCAGCAGCAGCAGCAACAGCAACAGACACAACAACAGCAACAACAGCAACAACAACACCAACAGCAGCAACAGCUGCAAUAAAAGCAGCAGUAUCAAAUGGACCCAAUUAAUCAGCAGUUGCAAUUGGCGAUCGCAAUUGUCAUAAACGUAAUUAUACACCUUACAAAUAAUUUUGUACGCAUGUCUUCCUCCUAAAUCUAUAAAAGUUAUUUAAUAUAUAUACAUAUACAUAUAUAUAUAUAUAUAUGUACAUGUAAGUGUGUAAACAGUUCUCUAUUUUUUUGCCUUAAUCGGAGCACAUUUCCAAGUGCUGUUGCAAACGGUAAUAUAAGAUUCCCAUUUUGUGAGAAUUUUUGUUAUUUAGGUAAUCAAAUACGCUGGAAAAAAAAA